UCAAAUAUCCAUUUCGUCGCUCCGCCGCCAUUUCAACUGUCCAGGAACGCAACGUAUCGAGCGGUUCGGUGUAACAGCGUUUCUUGACAAACGAAAUUAUAAGUAAUUUUAGCGAUUAAACAUCUCUUUUCUGUUAUUUUUUGCUUUUGGUGUUAGUUUGCAUGUCAGGAAAAGAAGAAACGUCGAAUAUGUCGUCUGAUGGUGCAGCAGAGAAACCAGGCCAAGGAAAUGCAGUGAACGGAAAGCCCAGCCAUGAGUCGAGGAAGGAGAGAUCAUCCAAACGAGUAGGGAGUAGAUAUGAGCCCUAUGCCAACCCCUCCAAAAGAUACCGGGUUUUUGUGAGCAACAUCCCUUAUGAUGUCAAAUGGCAAGCGCUGAAGGACUUGAUGAAAGAAAAAGUGGGUGAGGUAACGUACGUGGAACACUUAAUGGACGCGGAAGGCAAAUCAAGGGGCUGCGCGGUGGUUGAGUUUAGAACUGAAGAACUAAUGAAGAAGGCUGUGGACAAAGUCAACAAACACAACAUGAAUGGACGUCCUUUGAAAGUGAAAGAGGAUCCAGAUGGGGUGAUUGCACAGCGUGAAGCCCACAGGGCUCAGGGUGGUGGUGGAGGACCUCCUGGUGGUAUGGGUGGAGGAAUGGGUGGUGGAAUGGGUAUGGGACCUGGACCUGGUGCUCCCCCCAUGGUCAACAUCCCACCGAGUCUCAUGAACAAUCCAAACAUUCCUAAUGAAAUCAUUCAUGGCCUUCAAGCUGGCAAGAUUGGAAGCACAGUUUUUGUUGCAAAUCUUGAUUACAAGGUUGGUUGGAAGAAGCUGAAGGAGGUGUUUGGCAUGGCCGGGGUGGUCGUCCGUGCAGACAUCCUCGAGGACAAAGACGGCAAAAGCAGGGGCAUGGGGACAGUCACCUUUGAAAUGCCCAUUGAAGCUGUUCAAGCAGUCUCCAUGUUCAAUGGCCAGCUCCUGUUCAAUCGAACCAUGCAUGUGAAGCUGGAUGAGAAAUCUAUGCCCAAGGGUGACUUUGCACCCCCUGAGAGACCUCCUGCACUGCCCCGUGGUCUGAGUGGGAUUGGUCUUGGUCUGGGACCUGGUGGACAACCUAUUGAUGCUACACAGCUGAACCGUGGUGGAGGGAUGAACAAUAUGGGGCCCGGAGGAAUGGAUGGGAUGGGAUUUGGUGGCAUGGGUAGAAUGGGAGGAAUGGAUAAUUUUGGAGGUGGAAUAAACAACGUUGAUAGAUUUGGGCCAUCUGGAAUGGGGAGGAUGAAUGACAUGGAUCGUGGAAUUGGGGCUGCUUUUGACAGAGAAUUUGGUGGGCGCAAUGAGAUGGGAAUGUCCCGCAGUAACUUUGGAGACUCUUUUGACAGAGGCAUGGGUAACUCCAUGGGAAUGGAUCGCAUGAGUUCUGGCAUGGACCGACUUGGUUCUAACAUUGAUCGCAUGGGCAGCCUGGACAGAAUGGGGAUGGAUCGCAUAGAUCGUGUCUCUGACUUGGACAGGAUGGGUUCUGGCUUUGAUCGCAUGGGCUCGAGUAUGGAUCGACUGGGGCCCAGCAUGGACAGGAUUGGAUCUGGCCUGGACCGCAUGAGCUCUGGCAUGGACCGCCUGGGUCCAUCCAGUUUUGACCGCCUAGGUCCAUCCAGCCUGGAGCGCAUGAGUGCUGGCAUGGAAUUUGCCUCCCCAAUGGGCAUGGACAGAAUGAAUUCUAAUCUUGACCGCAUGGGGUCCAGCUUUGAGCGCAUGGGCUCUGGUGGGUUGGACCGUUUUCCAGCCCCAGGAAUGGACCGCAUGGGCUCCAGCAUGGACCGCAUGGGCUCUGCUGGUGUGGGAGGACAGUUUGAUCGUGGUGCAGAUAUGGAGCGUGGUAACUUUGGCAGCUUUGGUUCAGCUGGGCAAGGAGGGCCAGGCACUGGACCCAAUGCCAGAAAGGGCUGUCAGAUUUUUGUCAGAAAUCUGCCGUUUGAUUUUACCUGGAAGAUGUUGAAGGAUGCCUUCAAUUCAUGUGGCAUGGUGCAGUAUGCUGAUAUCAAGAUGGAGAAUGGCAAGUCCAAAGGCUGUGGUGUGGUUCGCUUCGACAGUCCUGAAACAGCAGAGCGCGCUUGCCGCACCAUGAAUGGCUAUCGACUGAACGGCAGAGAGAUUGAUGUGAGGAUCGACAGAAACGCAUAAUCCCCCUGCAGUCCUGUCUCUCGUUCUCCUCUUCUAUACGGAACUUUCCAUAUUUUUUGUUCAUUACAGUUCUCCUAGUGCAAAACUGAUGCAGUUUUAGUUUUUGCUUGCUUAAGUUUUUAGAAAGCAAAUUUUAUUUUUCCUCUCACUUUUUAUUCUAAUGCUGAUUCAGAAAUGACCUUUUGUUAAAGGUUUGACAAUAAAUUCCAGACCUUUGAGACAUUA